AUGAAUGGGAAUAGUUUCAAUCCUUACGAGGAAUAUAAUGGGCAACCCAAUUUCAUAAGGACGUCUUCGUUGGAUCCCAAUUUCAUAAGGAAUAAUUUAAGUCUUGUUAAUACACCGGUGAAAUUACUAUUCGAACAAGAUCACAUGGAUAUGACUAAAGAUUGGACAGAAGAAGAAAAUACUAAUCAAAGAAGGUUAGUGAAGUUCGAUUUUGCACGUUUAAGUCCUACAGAUUAUUUAGUAAAAUUCAAACCGAUAAAAAAAUCAGAUUUCACUAAUAGUGCAGCAAUAAUAUCAUGUAUUUUCUGGGGAGAAAAAGAAUUACAUAUAGUCACAUCAGUGGAUAUAAUUUUAUUAUUGGAAUAUUUGAUACAGGAUAGUUUCACUAUUGAAGAGAAGAAUAGGGUCAGAAGAAAUUUACAAAGUUUGAAGCCUUAUACUAUUUCAAGAACUAACAAGACAUAUCAAAGAUUUUUCCAAUUAUUAAUGAAUCUAGAAGAUCCAAGACCCCGUAAUAUAGAGAAGGAUAUCAAGGUUUUCAAAUGGUCGGAUUUGUUCAAGGCUUUAAGUAAGGUGAUAUCCAAAUAUACUUCCAAUGAAAACGCUACUUUGAAAGUGGAAAAUAAUUUGACCAAUGCAUCACCUAUUAUGAGCACUUACCAGAGCUCAUCAAGUUCUAAUCCUACUUCAAAUUUGAAUUCUGGUUCCGGAACUAGUUCUGGUAUGUCAGGAUCAUCUGGUAGUAUUGCAGGAAAUCCUAAUGGAGAAAUCAAUUCCUCCAGCUAUUCGAACUUUCAACCAAUUUUCAACAAUGCAUAUAAUUCUCAACCCCAGUAUCAGGGAUUCCAAACUAAUCAAUACAUGGGACCUCCUUAUCAAGCACAGGGUAUUCCUAAUCAAGGAUUCCCUGGUCAAAUGCACCAGCAAAUCAACCCUAUGAAUCAAAUGAAUCCUCAAAUACGUCAAUUCAAUCCUGAACCAGAACCCGGUCGUACCAACAACAUAAUACCAAAUUCCUCCCAAGCUUCCAGUCAGAUGAACAAUCAAUAUUCCUAUACUUCAAGUCCAGUACAAACAUCACCGGCCCUUCCACUUCCUCAUUUACCACCACCUCAAUCCGAUCCUAAUUUACCUUCCAACAACCUCCAAAAGAACAUCACCAACAACAUCCCCAACUUGGAAAAUAAGGAUACCUUUUUACCUUUGGAAAGACUCAAGGUUAUGAAACGUAAGAAUAAUCAACAAAAUGUCAAUAGUAACUUACAACAUAAGCAUAAAGCCUAUUCUAAUGGAAUUACUCCUGAGAUGCCAAGACCAAUCGAAGGAAAUGAAACCGAAUCACCCACAGACCAAAAUGAAGAUAACGAUAAUGACAGAAAUGAUAUUCCGGAACCACGUCACAAAGAUACACAAGGUGACGCAAUGGAAGUUGAUAGUUCUGAUUCCAUUUCAACCACUGGUGAAAGUGGUGAUUUCGGUUCAGCCUAUGCCAUCACAUCUAGUGACGAACAAUCAGGUACAAGGCUGAAAAAUUCUAAUUCUGCUGACGGUGGCUCAGGCGAUGAUGAAGCUAGUAGUAACGGUGUGUCUUCAAUGGCCGCUUCUGGUGGGUCACCAAAGGUUGAACCUACCAAAUUGAGAAGAAACGUCCCAGGCGCCAAUAAUUCUUCAGGUUCGAAUGAAGCUUCGAAUGAAGGUUCAGCUUCGGGUGGUUCUGGUUCUGUAUCUCAUGGGUCAGGUUUGUUCAGUAACAAGAGGUCUGGAAUUGAUUCUGCUGGGACCAACUUGACUAGUGAAGAGAAUUACGACAAUAGUCAACCAAAAACCAUGGAUAAAGAUUCCCUCGAUGGAACAACCAACAUCAACGACUUUACUUCAGAUCAAAGUAAGAGAAUUUUUGGUAAAGCAGGUAACCAAAUUGGUACUGUUCAACAAAUAACGGAACAUCCACAAUAUUAUCAAUAUCCUGAAAAUUCCCAAUUGCAUUACUCACAUCCCAUUGAUGUGAAAUUACCUUCCUUGGAAGAAUAUUUCAAAGCGAAUAAAACCGAAAAUGCCAAUAUUGACAAUGGCAUAAAGUUACCGCCAAUCAAGAUCAAGAGAAAUAGUUUUCCUAGUUUAAAUGUUAAAAAUUUAACUGAAUCUACUAUGAGUCAUCGUAGAAGUUUAGAUGAACUGCAACGAUAG